AUGACUAGUAGACAUCCCAAUAUUGUGUUGGAUAUAAAAAAAACAAGUAUAGACACUGAAAGUAUAGAAUCGGAAACACUUAAAGAACGAAAGCGUACGAGGGCCAGUGGACUUCGUGUGGGCAGUUUGCUACGAACAUGGGCAGAGGUUUCGAAAAUAAAUUAUCUCUCAAUGCAGCCGUUAGACAUCCUUGCAUCAGAAAUUUUCAUACCAAUCAAUAUUAACAGCACCUUUGAUUUUCAGUUUCCGAUUAACGUCACUCAGUUGAUGAAUGAAGAUCAACUGUGGGGAUGUUUUUACACGUUUCCGGAGCUAUACGCCGAUGUGUAUUCACCGGUGGUACAUGUACACAGUGACGACGAAGAACCAGAGAUUGUCGGCGGUGUACUCACACGGGAGGCAAUCGCCCCGAGACUCACAUAUUUGAAACGAAUUCCUAUAUUGGGAGACUUCGUUUAUAUAAAAUUGGAUCUCUCCUCGAAGCAUCUCGUCAAUAUCGAAGUGCUGGAGCAUUAUAAGUAUUUGGUGUACCUUGAUCUCUCUUCAAACUAUUUAGUGGAACUGAACGUCUUAUCUCACUUGCCAUACCUUCAAUACCUCUCCGUAUCCUUUAACAGGCUAAGCACAGUCUUGGAAUAUGACGCUCCACAGUGGUUCUUAACGGAAGUACAUUAUAAAUUUAAUUCAGUUAAAAAAAUCAAUGAUUUGAGCGCCUUCUGGUCUAUAACAAUACUGGACCUAUCUCAUAAUAAUAUCAAGAGUAUUAGCGGUCUGCAAAACUUAAGAUGCUUGCGACGUUUAGAUCUUUCCUUCAAUCAUAUACAGCGGCUUGAAAAUUUGAAUAAUCUCAAUCUCCUUUGGUUGGAUGUCUCAUACAAUAACAUAUCAAGUUUCGAGUUAGGACCACGCUCGGGACUGUGGACCCUUUUGCACCUUGAAUACCUUAACCUGAAUGAAAAUAGUCUAAGUUCAAUGAAAAUGUUUACAGCAUGCUCUAGGCUUCGAGAGCUGCACGUCCGAAACAAUCGCCUUAGCAUGCUAUUAGAACUAGCCGUGUACAUGCGGCAGCUGCGGCGAUUAAUAGUAUUGGAUCUACGUGCCAACCCAGUUUGUUCAUCUCCCGGGUAUAAAGACGUCACAGUCAAUACCUUUCCAGCCCUAAUGAGCUUGGAUGCUGAAGAGCUGGAUCCAAUUGAACAGCGUACUUUAAAAAUGGAAAUGACCCCUGACGUAACCACAUUCGCUCUGAGGCGUCUUCUUCGUUUAUUGUACAUCGAACAGUUAUCAAGAGCUCGUGUGUCUCCUUUUGUACCCUUCGCAGAUACCACAGAUGUAUCUAUUGUAGUUCUAGUGGGAUACGAAGCUGUUGGUAAAGGAUCCUUUAUGCGACGUCUUUCCAAAGAAUUUCCUUCAAACAUAGAAAUUGGCAAACAACACACAACAGCGCUUAACCAUCAUUCCGUCAAUUUCAUUGAAAUUUCAAGGGACAAAUUUGACGACAUGCUGCUGGCCGGUGAAUUUUUGACUUACGGUGAACGAGACGGCGAUUCAUAUGGGCUAAGUCGUGAGGAAGCUUUUGUGAAGGACGGUAAAGUGAAAAUUGUAGCCAUGGAUUUACUUGGUGCUUUGAUGCUGAAGUUACGCGGACUGCGACCGUAUUUAAUUCUGGCUUCUUACAGAGACAAAGCGACUUUGGCUAAGAGGCAACUCGAGAGAAAAGCGUCACGUGACGCAGCCCAACAAGACCGAGCUUCCAUGAUGAAUCACUUGGAACGAUCGACGCUGCAAGUAUUGCUUUCUGGACGCAUAAUUAUAACCGGAAUACUGAAUGAAAUUAUUAUGUGCCUACCAGAAGGGAAAGAGCACAGCGAGUUCAUAAUAGAAUCCGAGUGCUCGUUAAUGAUGGACAGCGAAGUGAGGAAGGCCGUGAGAAACUAUGCAAAUGGAAUCAAUACGUUUACGCUAAUGUCGUGUAGUGGUACAUCGUCAGAGGAAUCGUGUAAACCAGCCCAAGAAAAACCAAGCCAAAUAAACGAAAGUCUCUAUUCUUUAUAUAAAGAAUCGCAGGGGACAGAUGAGUAUUUUAGUUUUGAAAACGAACACAGUUCCUAUCAAGAACGGAGCCAAAUUAAAAAAACUGAAAUUAAACCAACAAAAUCUAAAAACGACAAACAACCAAGUAUUUACCGCCCGAAGAGUGUCGAUUUUAGUAGAUAUGCAUCGUCUACUUGGAAAGGGUUGUCAGUCGUUCCCGACGGUUCGAAAUCCUCGAAAUCGGUAACAUUCAUUUCACAAGAUAACAACAAUGGACAAAACAAAAAUUAUGUUGACCCUAGUGGAAUGCUGAUCGAACCUCAGACUGAAAAGGAAGCAAACACAAAAAACAUACGUUCAAUUAGCACUCGACUACCGUGGCCUGCGCGGGCUCUUCCACGACUCGGAUCAGGCGGAUCACUCGAUGACCAAGAUCUCUGGCUUGCAUUUCUGACUGAAACAGGCCUGAUGCAAUCCAGUGAUGCAAGAAAUAUUUCUUAUACGGAAACGGUGCAACGAAACGAUACCAAAAUCGAUAAUCCAGAUUCAAUAAUUCAUCAAAUGGAUUUUUAUGAAAAAAUACCCAGCGAAUCUUUUACAACAAAUAUAAGAGAUGAUUACGAUGAAAUCCAUCGAAAAUGUCCAGGUCUUUUCUGGGACACUAUCGUAGUGGACGAUAAUGAAGAAGCAUUUCAAAAAUUGAAAUCUAUCAUUCGUAAUAUUGUCAACUCUCAAAAGAAUCAACAACCAAUGUUUGACAUAGAUUUCACAAAUUUAAAGUACUAUCCUACAGUUAAAAAGAGACUAAUAAAAAUUCAAAAUGAAAUAGGAGCACAAAAAUUGUUUAAUUAAUAA